AUGUCAUUGUGACGUCACACGGUAUGAUCAAGGUUGUGAUUGGAUGCCGUACAAACCUAAGCUCCACCCUCAGGAACAUGUGCUGUUCUUCAAAAUCAUGUGAUAACACUGAUAAGGCAAACCAUAAACCUUUAGAGGACACAUACUUUAUCGAAACCCAGGUUCACUUCCUCUUGCAUCAUCACCAUCAUCAUCAUUUGCCUGCCUGUUGUCGUGGUAACCGUCAGAUAGUCUCCGGUUUAUGAGUUUAUGGCCCUUGCAUGUAAAGUCCUCUUAAUACACUCACACACACUCUCACACACACUCAGACGGAGGAUUUGUUGUAGACAUGGUGCUGUCACGGUUGUUAUUCAGAGAGUGUGUUGAUCUUUAGGCCUCUUUGUGUCAGCUGUUUGUAUCUGUUAGUGCUUAUUGUGUGUGUUUGUGUGUUAGAACUUUUGUAACAUUAGUCUGUAGAUUUGCGCCAGCUUUAAAAAAGUGUGUGUGUGUGUUUGUGUGUGCGAUCAUGUCAAUGGUGGUGGAGUUGUUGGGCUUCUUGAUGUGUAUGGGUGGGUGGCUCCUGAGCGGUGUGAGUUUAGCGAAUAAUUACUGGCGUGUGUCGUCGUACGCCGGCAGCGUGAUCACGUCCACGCGGCAGUAUGAGAACCUAUGGCAGGCCUGUGUAGAGGCCAGUACAGGGGUCAAGAACUGCAGACGCUUCGAGUCCAUGCUCGCUCUGGAUGCUCACGUGCAGGCAUGUCGUGCUCUGAUGAUCAUCGCCCUGUUGCUUGGCGUCGCCUCGAUCCUCCUCUCUGUCCUGGGACUGAAGUGCACCAAACUGGGCGGCAUGAAGGAGACGAGUAAAGGACGACUCACACUCACUGCUGGACUGAUGUUCAUACUGUCUGGUUUGUGUGUGCUGAUUGCUGUGUCGUGGUAUGCAGCACGCAUUGUUCAGGAAUUCAAUGAUCCCUUUUACUUUGGAAAGAAAUCUGAGCUGGGUACCGGUCUGUAUUUGGGUUGGGCCGCGGCGGUCUGUGUGAUUAUGGGAGGAGCCAUGCUGUGUGGAUCAUUCAAGAGAGCAAGAUCGCCCACACCUGCAGGUGGUUACAGGUAUAAGUCAUCAGCCAAUCAGCAGAUUUAUAAAGCAGGCGCUCAGUCGGACAGCAGCAGCUCCAGAGCGUACGUCUAACCCCAGCGCUCUCUCUACGCUCUACACACACUCUACACACUCAAAACUAUUGCCACACAUGCCAUGUGUGUGGUGUUACACAUGAUGUCUUUGUGUAGUUCGUGUGAAUAUAUGUUUCUGAAAUUGCAGGCUCCUGCCUUUGCUUUUAUGAAUUGUUGUGUUUUUGUUUUGUUUAUUUGUUUGUUUUUAAAGGGGAUUUACAUUUUAUAAGUAAUAAGAAUAUAUAUAUAUAUAUAAAACUUCAGUGAUUAGAGAAAUAUGGGGGUUGGAUCAUUUUUUUUAUUAUUUUAGUGAUGAAUGCAUUAAAUUGUAUAUAUUUCUUUUGUUUGAUAUGAAUAAAUAGAACAUGGAUCAA